AUGUUUCCCACAGCACGGUGCUUCGCUGCGAAGCCCGCAGGAUUCUUCAAGCGCAGCGCAGACGAACUGGGUCGCCUGUCAAAAAUCGCCUGGAACUCGGAAGCGCUACACACCCCAACGAAACCCUACGUCCUCCUCGAUUUCGAGGAUGAUUCCGCUGUCGCCGGAUGCAAGACCAUGGCCGACCGCGCCGUCGGAGGAUUCAGCACGGCCAGCUUAGACUACGUCCCUGCGGACCCAGCGACACAAUCGCCCGCGCACGCCCGAUUCCACGGAAGUAUCUCGACGAAGCUACCCAAUAACUGGCGCGUAGAGCGGACGGGAUACGCGGCCUUCCGUAACAAAGACCGGGGCCUCUGGCUCUUCGGACGACUUUUCUGGGAUAUGGAUCCCUACUCCUACCUCGCCUUGCGCGUGAAAUCCGACGGACGCCGCUACACCGUGAACAUCCAGACGGAUUCGAUCGUCGAGACGGAUAUCCACCAGCACCGACUGUAUACUCGGCAUCAUAGGGUUCAGGAGGCUUCGGAUGAGUACCUCUCGUCGCGGGAGGCGGCGGAGGCGUCUGAGUUGGCGGACGAGCUGUACCCCAGUGGCAUACCGCCUUCUCUCUCGGAUGUUCCGCCCGAAUCGACUGUCAUGUCGACGUCGACUACUACGGAGACGGCCGGAACGACAGGUUGGGAGACAAUCUUGUUACCGCUUAACGCGUUCGUUCGCACGAACCAUGGAUUGGUGGUUGAGCCGCAGACUAAUAUCCUGCGGCAGCGGGUGAAGAGUAUCGGUAUUGGACUUACGGACCGGGUGGAGGGUCCGUAUGAUCUGCGCAUCCAUAAGAUCUGGGCUACGAAUGGGAUGAGUGAGGCGGAGCUUGAGGAGGAGAGACGUAUCUGUGGCGUGGAUGCCUUGCCUCUGGACGAGGGUGUCCGGACUGGCUGGACGCAGGAGUCUGCGCAGCAACAUGCGAGUCAACCUGAGGCGCCGAAAGCGAAGAAGGGAUUGAAGGCGUUGCGUUCCGAGUGGGAUCAAUAA